AUGCUGGCCUCCCCGUUCAAGCAUCCCUGGUGGGUGGCUUUUUCAAAACUAGGCAACUCCCCUCGGUACCUUGACGAGUGGCUCAUUGUGAGUCUUUCGGAUACAAUUCGGCAAAAGCCAGAGUGGGAGAAGAAGUAUACGGAUCCUGAGAUCGUGGAGAAAUGGAAGAAAGAGUUUUUAUCCCAGAAUCCUGAAUCUCGCUACCCUGAGGAUGUGUUCAAUUACGUUAUUCGGGAAUUGAAGUGGUAUCACGAGUUGCAGUCGACACCAGAACUAGAGACUAGAAAAUUCAGAAUUGGUGCUGAUGACAAGAUCUUGUAUAGUGAUGAAGCAGUUUCUGACGUGUUGGCUAAAAAAUUCACGACUCUAGCGAGUAAGUUCGAGGCAUCGAUCUCGGAAAAGGACUACCACCCAGGCUCGGACAACUUGGUGGUGGAUUUGGUGCAUCCUUCGUUAUACCACUUGGUUUACGGAAAAACGAAAGUGUUGAGGGAUGGCAAGCUUGCAGUUGCUGAGUUUGACGAGGCCAUACAGCAUGUGAAGAAAGGCGUGGCCGACUACGCAGUUUCCAAGAAGUUCCAGUGGCUUCCGGCGGUGAUGAAGUUGGAUAAGUCUACCGGCCAGUUUGUCUUUGCUUCCUACAUCAACAACCUUCAUCCCAUGCAACAUGGAGAUCUCUAUGGGCCCAUAGCCGAGGUGUUCAAUGAGGCAGUUCCUGCUCUCAACUUGUCUUUGGCAAGGUACCAGUCUGAUGAGUACGUGAGAAUCAAAACGGCUGGGUAUGGGGAGUGCUAUAAAGAGGGCUACGACGAGUACAUGGAAAAGCUCGAAGAGCUCAUCGACGAAGGUGCAGACGAUGACGAAUGGGAGGAGUUUGAGAAAGGUAAAAGCAAAUUCUACAUCGACACCCACCCAGAAUACAAGAGCGACCCAGAGACGAAGCCGUUUGACCUUCGUGACUUUGACAAAUUGAAAGUCAUUGUCAAAAUGGCCAACAUCGAGCUCCUGCCUGAGAAUCCAGAGUACAAGGGCGGCUCCUGGCACGUUGAAGGUACCAUUAACGAGGAUAUCGUGGCCACUGUGUUGUACUACUACGACGUGGAAAAUAUCGACGACUCCAAGCUUUCAUUCAAGUAUGCUUUCGAAGAUCCCGCCUACGAGCAAGGUGAUGAGCAGUACUGCAAGGAUUUCUACGGCAUUCUGGAUGGAGAUCUGAUGACAAAGUACAUUGGAAGCGUUGACGCCAGGCAGGGCCGAGUGGUCGUAUUCACCAACAGUUUCCAGCAUCACGUAGAUGCGUUCAAGUUGAGGGACUCUUCCAGGCCAGGGCACAGGAAAAUCUUGUGCUUCUUCUUAGUCGACCCACACAACUCCGUGACCAAGGCCACUGACGUUGUGCCUCCUCAGAACGAGACCUGGGUGAAUGAUGAGGCUCUCAUGAAUAAAUUCUUCCCGGGCAUUGAUGCAAAGGAAGUAACUACGAUGACAGCAAAACAGGCCAAAGAGAGCAGGUUGGAGUUGAUGGAUGAAAGGAAAGUGACCAUUAGCUCUGGUGACGACUGGGAGAAUGCAUUCACCAGAACCUUCUUCCUUUGCGAGCACUAG